GGUUCCAGGUGGUACCAGGCGCACCAUGACCCUGACCAGGAUGAACCUGGUUAGUGAAAAUGAAUACAUACGUACAUUUCUACAGUCCUGCUGACCUGAUCCCUGAGCUGGUGCAGUGGAACCGCUGGCGUCUCCUGUUGGUGAAUGAAAGCAGUGAUGGAGCAGCUGCUCAUGUCAGUCAGUUAUUGAACCGGUCGUGUCAACAUAAACAUGGUGGACUCUCCUGACCACACACAGGAGACGGAUAUCUCCAUUCAGCUCGACUCUCUUACCGUCCAGCAGCUGGAGAACAUUUUACACGGAGGUCCUGUAUCAUCUCACCAUGUAGAUGAAGUGUGGCCCGGUCUGUUUCUGGGAGAUAGGGUUAUGUCUCAGGACCGAUACUCUCUCUGGAGACUCGGGAUCACUCAUGUCCUGAACGCCUCUCACGGGAGAGAGAGCAGUGAUGAUUUUUAUGGUACCACGGUACAGUACUACGGUGUGAACGCUGAUGAUCUGCCCACCUUCAAUAUCUCACCCUUCUUCUACCCGUCUGCACAGUUCAUUCAUCAGGCGCUCAGCACUGCUGGAGGUAAGGUGUUUGUUCACUGUGCUGUUGGAGUCAGUCGCUCGGCCGCUCUGGUCCUGGCGUAUCUGAUGAUCCAUCACAGCUUCUCGCUGGUUGACGCCAUCCUGAAGGUUAAAGAGACGAGGUGGAUUUUCCCUAACAGAGGAUUUCUGCAGCAGCUUCUGAAUCUGGACUCUGAGCUGAAGAACAGAUCAAACACAGAGUGUCCCGUACACACAGAUCAUUAAUGAUUCAUUAUUACAUUUAAAUAUAAGAGACAACACGAGCAUUUUAUUAUCCACACCAAUCACAAUGAUUAUUGUUUAUAAAUCUUUUGAAAUUACUUUAACUUCA